AUGGCAGACUUGGACGGCCCAAGUCCCCGCCCGACACCAGACAAUCUGACACAACAUGUCCAUGAUACAUUUCAGCGGGCCGUCAAUAGAUGUAUCAACUCUUUCAGCCCUGAAUUGCGUACCGAGGUUCGUCGAUUCAAUAGCGCACGCGGCAUUCUUGAGCACAUGAGAGGACUUGAUCAGAACGUAGGGCUUGGCGUCCCACGCAAUGUUGAAGUCUUUUGUAAUGCCGUUAGUCGCCUCUCCGAUGUAUUGGAUCCUUAUUCCGCGUGUAUCACAAGCUUCAUGCAGGUCAAACCCGAGAUCUGCGGCCUUUUAUGCAAGAAUUACACCUCAUUCCUAAAUAAACUAACCGACAUGCUUGAAACCAUCACGCAAGAUCUGGAGCUCGACAGAAUGAUAGUGUUGACGGCUAUAGACAAGGCAAAGGCAGUUGGCCAGUCGAAGAAAGCUAGGGACGAACCUCCAUGGCGAUUAAUCGAUGCCAUGACAGUGCUUCACUGUGAUCUAUUAGACUUAUUCUGUAAAGUAUGCGAGUUGUUCCCGACAAAGACUCGUGAAGGACACUGGCGAUCAGCCUUGAGAAUGGCUAAGGUAUUUUGGGUGCCAUUCGACGAGCAUUUUAUGCACUUUCGACAAAAGGUCUCUGCUCAUAGACAGGUACUAGUCGCUGAGCUUAAACUACUCAACGACCGUACAGACAUAACUAGCUAUGAAAGCUUCCGCAAGUUUCACGAGCAGACUUUCGAACAGUUCAAAUACAUUCAAUCUGAGCUGAAAUGCACUCGAAUUGACAGACUUAAGCAAUGGGUUGCUGCUGAAUCAUGGACGACACCGUUUGAAGAGGUCAAACGGAAGCGUUUUCCAAACACCUCCACCUGGAUCUUGCAGCAUCCCCAGUACAAAUGGUGGAUAAGUCCAUCCGGCGGAAACCAAGAAAGCUCUGGUCCAGUUGAGGCGCCUGGGGGGCCUCGGAUCCUUUCUAUCCAAGCAAAACCGGGUUACGGCAAAUCAGUUUUAUGCGGUGUUGUGAUUCAAGAACAUCGAGAGAUGAUCACGAGGCAACGCAGCAGUCAAGAUGUUUGUACUGCGAUGGCCUACUACUUUUUCGACAAACAACGGCCGAAUCAGAACGACUGUGUCUCAGCGCUUCGGGCGAUAGUAACUCAGUUGCUGUAUCAACAUCAGGACAAAUCGGAACUAAUUGACUUGGCCGUCUUGCUGAAAGAUUCGACUGGUACAGGCGAGCCGAAUGCAUCGCUGGUUGAACUGAAAAACCUUCUCAUUCUAAUCAUGCAAUACAUUCAGGACUCGAGCCUCAUCUUCGAUGGCCUCGACGAGUGCCAGGAUCUCGACAGCUUUUUGGGAGACCUUGAAGAGAUAUCCAAGUCUUCAACAAUUAAGAUAUUCUUUGCUAGUCGGCCAAGUGUGGAUGUUGAAAAGCGCUUUCAGUCUUCUGUCCGCAAUAUUCUGUUAGCAGAGCGAUCUAACUUUCAAGACAUCGAAGCAUAUCUCGAACCAGAGAUCAACAACCUUGUACAAAUCGGGCUGCUGGAACUGGACGACAGCGUGCAAAAUGUGGUUCAAUCUAUCGCUAAAAAGUCUCGGUCCAUGUUUCUGUGGGCAAAUUUGCUGAUUCAAUACCUCAAGUCAGAAAUGGUAACACCACAGGAAAGGUUAGAUGCCCUCAACGACAUGAGUCUGUUUCCAGAGCUGGAUGCGCUGUACGCAAGAAUUCUGGAAAAGCUAUACACAUGGUACAGUCACAAAUCCAUACGUCGAAAGAUUCAGAUGAUCUUCGAUUGGACUUGUGUAGCAGCCCGCGCCUUGUCGGUGUCGGAGUUACAGAUUGCUCUCGGGAUUCAGAUCGGUCGUGCAACGCGCAAGUCCAACCAGAUUGCCGGGCUAAGAGAUCGACUCAUACGCAUGACAGGAGCCCUGAUAGAGGUCUCACAGGAUGGAAUUGUGAGAUUCAUCCAUACCUCUGUCCUUGAGUUUUUCAUGGAUGCGAUGGACGAUGCCAACGACGGCCAGAAUUUUAGGAUAGACGCUGGCAGAGUACAUGGUGCCUUUGCCGCCACAUGCCUCUCAUACAUCCUUUUCGAUGUUCCUAAACAAAGACUGGUUCCAGCAGGCGCUCAAUCAGUCUCGCUGCCCACGAUAACCACCCGACACCCGUUGCUUCUCUACUCAACGCAGUUUUGGGCUUAUCACGCAUGCAUGUCUCUCCGCGAACGGGGGGUUGGCUCUAGUACAGCAGAUCCGAUUCAUGAUCCCUCCAAGCACACAUUGUCGCAAAUGCUAGCAGCUUUCUUGUCGGACAGGCAUGCAGUGACAGUUUGGACAGAGGCCGCUUGGUUGUUCGGCGAAGAACCCUGUGUAAAUGACCUGGCAAACGUGUCCCGCCAAUUGUCUUCAGACACGUACCCGUCCCUUCAGAAGGAUACACUGCAGUUCUGUAAAGAUCUCGACAACAUCAACGCCAAGUUUGCCCAUGUCCUACACGAUGACCCGGGUGAAAUUUGGGAGCCAAGCAUACCUGCUUUUUGCCAAUCGAGAUUUUGGGUCGAGACGCAGGACUCUCGGGUGAUUGAUCUCAAUAGUCCAGAUGCAGAGACUCUCUUCAGAAACAGUGGAGGAGGCGAGCCUAUACUGGUCGCAUCGCAGUGUUGCUCCAAAGGUCAACACAUCGGAAUAAUCACUCUCUGGCCAUCAGCUGCCUUUGAGCGAGAGAUGACGCCUAGGGAACCUCAAGUUGACAGGCUGUUGUUCAUGACAGACGAACUAGCAAGUGGCUGGCAAAUGUCGUAUGAAGUGAAAGUCUUGAGGUCCCAGUCCACGAUUCACAAGCUUUCCCUCGAAUUGCCGUCUUUGCAGAUGUCAAGACUUUUAGAGAAAGCAUUUCGUUCCAAGGACCCCAAGGCUUUCGCAUUCCCCGUGGCCUUCUCUCCCAACAUCCGGCAAAUAACGGUUUUAAAUUGCCUCAUCACCAUCGUACCACCAACAACUAAUGAUCAGGCGGAAAGCUAUUUGGCACCAGACUUCCAUUUGCAAGAACUCGAUAUCCCCAGGCCUGUGGAACCGCAAUUCUGUACAUCUUCGGACCAUCAUCUUACAUCGCUUUAUUCCGUGUACUGUCAAUGCGCUUUCGACUGGUAUCACAUCAUGUUCUCGCCUUCAUCUGCGUACGUGAUGGUUUUACGUGGCCCCGACAAGUUCGCGCCAUUGGUACUCUGGGUUUCUCGGGAGUUCAUUAUAUAUAAAGACAUGAGCGACGACCACAGACAGCCCGACUUCCAGGCAGUAACUAGAAUUCGAUCUAGAGUCUUUCAGGGACCAGAUGUCUUCAAAUUCCAUCCAAGAGAGCCGGUGCUCGUCAUCUCCCAAAUGUCGGUAACUGUACUGUGGUUCUUUGAAGACCCAGUUAAGUCGAGUCCCAUCACGAUACACCAAACCCCACUGUACGGCCUUGCAUUCUCGCAGUGUGGGAAUUAUGUUCACGGAGAGACACAAUCUCGAGGCUUGAUAAUCGUCAACAUAUCCAAGCAUAUUGAGAAAUACCGAGCAAGAUGUAGUUCUUGGUCAUCAUGCUCGACUACUUCAGUUGUAUCAAAAUAUAGUCAGACAGUCGAUGUUCAACAAGGCAAAGGUAAACUGACAGAAGUCGGAAAUUACGAGAAAGCUCCCGAAACACUGGAUUCUGGCGACAUUUCUUUUUAUAAACAAGGGGAACGCCUGCAAAUCUCAGCCAUCAGACAGCUGAACGGUACGGGAGAGGUGCUGCGAAAAGAGAUUUCCAGUGAUGGAAAUGUCGCGGAUCAAUGUCUCACGAGAAUUCCGAUGUGUUCCAACGUUUAUCAAAGCUAUACGACAGUUCUCAACUCGGGCGAAGCGGAAAAUAUAUCUAUGGUUUUGAACAAAUCUAUUCAGGACACCUACUCGGUAGGAAGUACGGCACAAAACGAGUUGCGGCUGCCGCUUUUGAUCACAAGGAAGACAAGCUCUAUUCCCCAGCACAGCAGAAAACGACAAUCUCAAAUAGAGCUACCAGGAAGAGAUUCAAAACGAAUCCUUAACUAG